UGCCACAUCUGCAAACUUCCCGGACGAGUGAUGGGCAUUCGAGUGCUUCGUUUCUCUUUGGUGGUCAUCCUUGUGCUGCUCCUCGUAGCCGGGGCUUUGACCACUUUACUGCCAAAUAUCAAGGAAGACAAGAUGCUCACUUUGCGUAGGGAAAUAAAAUCCCAGGGCAAAUCCGCCCUGGAUUCCUUUACUCUAAUAAUGCAGACAUACAACAGAACAGAUCUCUUACUGAGACUCUUAAAUCAUUAUCAGGCUGUGCCGUAUCUGCAUAAAGUGAUUGUGGUGUGGAACAACGUCGGGGAGAAGGGGCCAGAAGAGUUAUGGAACUCUCUAGGGCCUCACCCUGUCCCUGUGAUCUUCAAACUCCAGGCAACAAACAGGAUGAGAAAUCGACUCCAGGUCUUUCCCGAACUGGAAACCAAUGCGGUGUUAAUGGUAGAUGAUGAUACGCUCAUUAGCGCCCAAGACCUUGUCUUUGCUUUCUCAGUUUGGCAGCAAUUUCCUGAUCAAAUUGUAGGAUUUGUUCCUAGAAAGCAUGUCUCUACUUCAUCAGGUGUCUACAGUUAUGGAGGUUUUGAACUGCAAACACCGGGGUUUGGAAAUGGCGACCAGUACUCUAUGGUGCUGAUUGGAGCCUCAUUCUUCAAUAGCAAAUACCUUGACCUGUUUCAGAGGCAACCUGCAGCUGUCCAUGCUUUGAUAGAUGAAAUCCAGAACUGUGAUGAUAUUGCCAUGAAUUUUAUCAUUGCCAAGAACACCGGGAAGACUUCAGGGGUAUUUGUGAAACCUGUAAACAUGGGCAAUUUAGAAAAAGAGUCCAACGGUGGCUAUCCUGGAAUGUGGCACCGAGCUGAGCACUUUCUGCAGAGGUCUUAUUGUAUAAAUAAGCUUGUUAGUAUCUACGAUAGCAUGCCCUUAAAAUACUCCAACAUCAUGAUUUCUCAGUUUGGUUUUCCCUAUGCCAACCACAAAAGUAAAAUAUGAAACAAACAAAAACAAACCUCAAAACUGCUUAGUAUCUGAGUAGCUUCUCUUUGCUAGGGUUGGUGUUUUGUUUUGUUUUUUGGGGUUUGUUUUGUUUUUUAAGCAACAUCACGAACUUUUAUCCACUACAGAAGUCUCUACAAAGGAAAAAAUGUACCAUGCUUCUAGGACAUAGAAUUUAAGGAACUUCAAAAACCAAGAAGCUGGUACUCUCUAGAUAGGUUUUUUUUUGCGAGGAAUUUUCAUACACGGAUAGAACUUCUUGGUCAGCGAUUUUAUUGUUUACAUUCUGAGACAGUUCUACAAUUUCUUGGAUUCCUGGCGUUUGCCUUAAGGACCUAUAGCAAGUUGUCUCCAGGAUCAGAAACUUCAGAAAAGCAUUUCUCAGCUUUUUCCCUAAAGGAUGAUUGUUUUCAUUUGAAGCUUGAAAUGCCUCAUUAGCAAAAGCCUAUGGCAUAGAGAAAAGCCAUGUGAGAGGAGAAUAGUCUCAAUCCCUUAUAAAAACAAGUGGAAAACUCAUGACUCUCAGUGCUUUCAUUGUGGUUUUUCCAACCAGCCCUUUCCAGCACUAACUCGGCCCAGCAUGGUUUUGAUGCAACCCUCAGUGCUUUGAUUUUCGUUGAUAAGUCUGUUGUGACUGGGAGAGUUCAUUUUAGUAGCUGAAGGAUGUCUAGUUGUUUGCUUGAUUUUUGUGAAUAUUUACUGCAUGGAUCACAAAAAAAUGCAACCUGUGUUUCUUAUGUGCAACUUCUAUGCAGCAGGGAGCAAAUGUGUUACUGGAUUCAGGUAGUGCAUUUUGUCCCUGAAUCUGACCUUGAGAAGUGUACGUUAAUUCCUAUAUUUUACAGAAACUGUGUGUUGUUUAAGAAACAUAAAAUAAUCUUCUGAAAGAAUGAUUAAUUAGGAACUGACGAAAGUUACAACCUUUGGUAUGGAAAGACCUUUACUGUUAGGGCAUAGGCUUAUCUCAUGGAUACUAAAGAGUUACGUGUAUUAUACACAAAGUUAAACUCUCGUAUUCAGAGCUGCUGCUGCUUCCUUUUUUUUUUUUUUUUUUUCCAAAAAAGACCCAAUGCAUUCAUCAUGAUGAUAUUUUGGUUACAUACAGGAGAAAAAUAACUGAAUCAUAGCAGAGGAAUUUUAUAGGGAGUCUGCAUCGUAAUUGAGCAAGUAAAUUGUUAACUUGCUCACUCUGUUACAUGAAUUAGUAUCUGUGUUCCACAUAGUGUCUGUGUUUGGUCCUUGUUUACAAGAGUAGCAAGGAACAAUUAAGCUCCUGUAUACCACCUUCUCCUCUUCCUCUUCCCCCUCCUCCUCCCAUGAUGUCAUUGUAUUCUCACAUUUGCAAAGCUGUGAAAAUAUUAUAAUAAUCAUGGUUAAUGUUCCAACAAUGAGGUCUAUGUGCAGUUAGUUCAGUAUAUGUUGUUUCUUUACAUUGGCAUGUGUAUGUGUCUUAAUGCAGUCAGAUAAAACCAGUAGAACCCAGAACCUCACUAAAAACCUAUAAUGUUCAUUAUCUGCU